CUCCGCCGCCGCCGCCAACAGAAGAAGCACCCAAACAGAACAACUACCAUCCAUCUCUCCAUUUCCCCCCGUUUGUUUUCCCAUCUUGUUUGACCUCGAUCCAAAGGCGGCAGCCAUGUCCUUUUGCGGAACCCUAAUUCCCCAGGAAAUCCUCACCGACAUACUCUCUCGACUACCCGUCAAAUCACUUUGCCGAUUCAAGUGUGUUUCAACCUCUUGGAAUUCCCUUAUCUCCAACCCCUACUUCGCCAAAACUCAUCUCAAUCGAACCAAUACCCAAAAUCCUAAAUACCUAGAUGAUCAGAGAAACAUUGUCAUAUCCAGCUCUCUCAAUCUCUACUCCAUCGACGUCGGCAACGCCAAUCCGACCGCCACAAAGCUUGAUUUUCCUAUGCUUCAAAACCACGCCGCCGACAGUCGGGUCAAGGUAUGGAGCUCUUGUGAUGGCUUGCUUUUAGUUUCCUACGAUGAUAAUUCCAACUUAUUGUUGUUAAAUCCAUCAACUAGAGAAUGUAAGAAACUUCCCGCACCGUCUGUUGUACCCAAUCCGGUUGGCACCUUCGGGUAUGGAUAUGGGGUGGGUUACAAUUCCUCUACGGAUGAUUACAAUAUUGUGGGGCUCUCUUUUCAGAGUAAUAUCUCGAUUGUGGAUGUCUAUUCACUGAAAAUAAUGCUUGGAGGAGAAUUCAACAUAUCGACUAUGUCGUUGUUGGAACCUCAUCGUUUCGCGGUGGGAUUUUCUUAAAUGGGUGUCUCCAUUGGCUUUGUUUAAGCCUUAGGGAUCGGUCCUCUGUGAUUGGUGCUUUCAAUUUGUCGGAUCAGAUUUUCAGGGAAGUGCCGACGCCGUCUGCUUUACGUCGAUGGGUGACAUUAUUUUAUUUUUGUGUGGAGGUUGUUGGGGGUUGUCUCCGUUUGGUUAAAAGGCGGGCUUCUUACCCAACAAGUCAGGUUUGGAAGAUGGAGGAGUACGGGGUAGGAGAGUCUUGGACCAAACUUACGAUUGAUUUACCUACUGAAACGCCUAGUCUGUGUUUUAUGUGCCUGCUAGCGGAAGACAAACUUUUGUUUGAUGACAAUAGAAGAGGGCAGGGAAAGAAACUGUUUGUGUAUGGUUCGAAAAAAGAAACACUGAGGGACAUGGUGGUUGCUGGAAUUCCAAGUGACUUUACUUCUGGGUGUGUGUAUGUCGAGAGCCUCGUCUCUCCUAUUCUCGGACGAGGAAUUGGGAGGCAAUGAUAAGCUUCUCCCGGAAGUCAAUUGAGUGGUGGAUAAGCUAGCAAACAUGGUACCGGAGCAAGAAAACGAGCUGGUCCUGCUAGUAACCACCCUGGAGACGUCAAGGACAUGCUUGUAGCUGAUCUAGCAGGCAUUGCGUUUGAGACGCUCAACCUUUUCUUAUUGUUUUCUUAUGUACCAAAAGAGAAAUCUGGUUGUAAUCUACUUCAUGCGAAUUCUUGCGUCUUCUAAACCGAACUUGUAUAUACUAUUCCUCAACGCAGAAAGAAGUUUUGGUGAUCUUUACCUAGCAUAUUACGUGUUUGAUUGAGAAUCAAACCUUGAAAUAUAUAAUACCGCAAAGGUAUGGUAUUCUUAA